UGAACUUAAGAAAAAGUUGCUCGUCUGGAAAACGAAAAGGAAGAAGAGCGAAAAAUUCUUAAUGGACAGAUAACGGAACUCGAAAUACAAUUGAAUACACUCGAAGAUGUCUGCAAAGAAAAAACCAACGACGUAUCUGGCCUAAAUGAUACGCUAGAGAAAAUGCACUCCGAUCAACUUCUUCCAACAGUUCUUAUUCAACAUAUCACGGGCCUUAUUGAUGUCAUCAAGGCCGAUUCUGAGAAAAGGCAGGCGGAGCUUUCGCGUCUACAGUCAAUGAAACUGACCACUGUCCCUGCAUCUGCCGUUUCAACUCCUUGUUCUUCUCCACACGCUACUCCCUCGAAGCGAUUAGUAAAGCUUGAUGGUGAUGUAUUUAUUGAUCGAGAUGCACUUAAAAAUGCCGUUGCCUAUGGAUCUACUGCUAAUACGGAUCAUAACCUAAACUUAAUGAUCAACACGAUCUUGGAUGCAUUCUUCACACAAAGCCAAUUGGCAGGCUAUAGUUUAUCGGGAAAGGCGUGCCCAAAUAUGAAGGGGAGUAAACUGAAGCCCAAGAUUCCCUCAAACAUCAUUCAAGCUCUCAAAAAUUUUGUGCGAAGAAAUUGGAAAGAAUGGUACAAAUUGGUACCAACUGACAAAGCAAUAAACAGUGGCGUGGGUGCUAAACUUCGUUCAUGUCAUACGGCAGCUAAGAACAAAGGGAAAAAAUCAUCACUUACCAAACAGCCUUUGUUUAUCGGAGAUAAUGACAGCGAAGAUGACAACGGUAAUUCUAAAGAUGGUGUUGACGAUAACGAAGACAAUAUUUCCGUACGUAGUUCUGAUUUUGAAAAUGAAGACUCGUCAUCACAAGCUGCCGAAGAAAACGACGUUAUCUAGCUUAUAUGUGUUCUCCACUGUCAUUUAUCAUCUUCCACAGCUUUUGGUCUGAUUGUCAAUUUGAUUUAUUUAUUAUUCCAGUUUCGGCGUUUUAAUAACCUGCCCCUUUUUUAUAACCGUUAGCUUUUAUUGUUCGUCGUUGAUAUUAUGUAUACUGCCUCCGGCCUCUCUACUUACGGUUAAUUUUCUUUGUGACUUAUUUAAUUAAGUCAUAUAUGGAAGAGUUUUUGUAUGCGCAAUAACAAACUCAUGUGCAAUAAACAGAAAUAAAAAUGAA